GAGAGUGAAUAAGAAAGAACAGCAGCAGAGAAACUGAUAAACUCAUUGAAUGUUUCAUGAUACAAGCGUUUAAUUCCCCAACAUUUCUAAACAACAACGGACGCCGCAGCUCCAGCAUGAAUGUCCUUGGGAUCUGGUGGUGUGUGAUGUGCACGCUCGUCUCUGUGGGUCCGUCUGGGUGUGUGAAUGAGGCCGACUUUGAAGUAGAGUACGGAGACGACUAUGGCAAUGAGAUCUCCCUGGACCAGCAGGAGGCUGGGCAUCGAGCCUCUGAUACCAUCUUUUUGAGCUCAGAUGCUGGGGAGUCUCCAGCCAUCCCGAGCCAUGCAGAUGUGUCCCGCUGGGAUAAGCUUUUCAUCGCUCUGGAGGACUCCCAUAUGAGGCAGAACAUGCUGCUGGAAUCCCUGGAGCCGUGCUGUGGAGGUGUGCACGCUCUGCGGACCCAGGUAGACAAACUGGCCAAGGGGACGUGUCAGCACUCUGCACCCGACCUGGCCUCGGCCUGCAGGGCACAAGCAGAGCAGGCCAGUCUCAGGCUGCAUCACAGCCUGAAGGAGCUCCGGGAGGAAGGAGCAGAGAGGGAGAGGAGAAUCAACGCCACCUUACAGAUGAUCCUGCACAGCAGACGGGAGGACGAUGCUCGAGUCACGCUCUUUGGGGAAACAUCGACUUGGCCAGACAGCACGGAGGUCCACCGGCCAACACCGAGACCCGGACCUUUGGGGAGGGUUUUCAGCUCGGUGAUUAAACUGUUUCCAUCUACCCUGAAGGAGCAGGAAGCACCUUCACAAGUGGACCUGAUUGCAGUGAAAAGGGAGCUGGUUACUAUAGCAACAGGGCUUCAGAGGGUUCACCUGCAGCUCAGGAAAGUGAUAGAGCAGGCAGGGCUGAGGGAGGACAGGGGAGAUGCGUGAACUGCAUAGCUUAUAGCAGGAUUUACUGGGAUUUUGCACACACUCUUUUCAAGUAUUGUUACUUUUUUAUAUAAGAGCUUGUUUUUAUGUUGCUUUUUUUUUUUUUUUUUUUUACUUUACUAUACAACAAAAAAAGUGGAUUUACUA